UUUUUUUUUAAAAAAAAAACAUGCAAGAUAAAGCAGAGUUUAAUAAUACUUCAUUACAUCCUAUAAAUAAUAUUAUUCCUACCUCAGAAAAUUUAGUCAACCUACCGCUUCCGAGUAAAAAUCAACAACUUGGAAAAAAAAUCGUUAAAACAUUAUUGAUUGAAAGUGAAAAUGUCGUAUCGAGCACUCAAUUCAAUGCUCGUCCUAAAAAUGACGAUAAUGGUGAUAUGACAAUUACGACAACUUCGAAAGACCUAAAUGAUGAUUCUGAUAAAUCAAAUCCAACAGGUUUAAGACGUGUGAUUACAGUCGUUAAUUAUGAGAAUCGACAGGCUUCAGUUAAUGUAGGAGAAUUUGAGAGUAAACUUCUUGGUUCUCCUAAUACUGGAUCAAUAGAACAAAUGACAUGCGCGUCCAUGUUUGGAAAACAAUAUUUAUUAAUUGGAAAUGAGAAUGGAUUAAGUGUGAUCGAUUUUUCCGUUAAUUCUGAAUUAAUUAAACCUAAACUAUUAAUUCGAGGAUGUUCUUUUAGAAAAAUUCAGAUUUUAGAUGAAUAUGGAAUCAUGAUUGCAAUUGCUGGAAAAAAACAAAUGAUUCGAAUUUAUCAAUUAGAUUCUUUAUUACAUUUAAUUAAAUUUAUGUUACAAUCGAAAUCAGAUAGACCCGUAGAUUUUUCAAAGACACCCAACUUUUUGAAAAAAAUUACUGAUUCACUACAAAGAUGUGAUGUUUGUGGAAAUCCAUUAGAGGAAAAUAUUAAUUCAGAAGGGCAAAAAAGCGGAAAGACAAUAUGUAAAAAUUGUAAAGAGCUCAAACGAAGAUCAGCCACAAGUAUUAUUUCUACAAGUUCAGAAUCUAAUUCUUCAACAUCAGGGAAUUCGUUAUUUCCAGGAAAAUUACAUCAACGUACUUUAUCAAAUUUUACGUCACAAUUAACGGAUUAUAUUCAGCAACAUCUUUCAAAUUCUUUAGAUAGUGUUGAUAUUAGCGCGGAAGAAAAAAUAAAUGCAUGGAAUUGGGCCACUGAUUAUGUUAAAUUGGACGCCGCUAAAGAUUGUACUACUUUUGAUGUAAAAGAGACGAAAAGUUAUAUUUAUUUAACGGUUGUAACGCUACAUAAUAUGGUUCAUCUAUUUCAUUGUGAGGUUAGCGCAAAAAAUACUCCAGAUUUUAAAUUUGAAUUGGCUAAAACUUUUUGGGUUCCAGAAACUCCAGAUUUUAUUAGUGUAGCAAGAGAUCCUUUUGUAAUUAACAAGAUAUUUACUUGUAUGAAUGGUAAAGCGGCAUCUAUCGACGCUCACUCAAGUGUAGUGACGGAGAUCACCAUGCCAAAAGUUCUUGUUCCUAGAUAUGUUGAAAAUCCAGUUUGGCGAAGUUUUACUCCUCUUCCACAUACAUGUUCAUUAGAAUUUCUUAUUGAAGAUCCCGUGGAAUUUGAUACGCAAAUUUCCGUUAUCCCUUUAUCACUGAAUUUUGAUGCUCCACCUCUUCCUAAUUCAUACCUUCCUAAGUCACCACCUACAUCACCGACAGCAUCGAUACCUCCAGAUUUAACAAAUCAUGCAAAGUUUGUUAACGAAUUAAGAAGUAAUCCAUUAAGAAGAUCAACAUUCAGGAAUCGUAAAAGUAUUUCUUCUUCUAAUGACCUUCAAUCAAGUGGUACAAAUUCUUACAAAAAAUCACGUAGAAAAUCAAUUGUGACAGAUGAUACUAUAAAUUCAGUAAAUUCUCCAUUAGGUUCUGUAGCUUCUAUGGUGUCUCAACAGGAAGAUGGACAAGAACAAUUAAUAAAUAAUGAAUUUAUUUCGCCACCAAUUUCACCCACUUAUACUAAUUUAUCUAGUAUUUUGGCACAUCGCGAAAUUGUACCAAUUAUGCAACAAUUACCACCAAUGAUGGCUCAAUUAGAUUAUGUCUCAUUUCCUGCUUCUCAUGCUUCGUAUGCUUCUCAUGCAUCUGAAUCUUCUGGAUCUCCCGGAUCUCCUGGAUCUUCUGGAUCUGAAUCAUCAUCACAAUUCUUUCACCUUCACAACCCCUACAAUCCCCAAAAUAAUAAGAUAAACCCAACUUCUUCAGAAAACAAACAAAAAACCCCAAUAGAAGUACCAUCCCCAUCAAAUCUGUUUCUUGCGACUAUCUGUAAUGUUUCUCAUUUAGUAAAUAACAAAGGUGAACCGUAUAAAUACAAUCGUCCGAUACGAUGGUCCUUACCUCCAAAUGAAAUUUCAUUAUUACCUAGUUUCAAUGAUAUUUACAUAGUAGGAUUUCAAAACACUAUUAUUGAACUAGCUUCAAUGAAAUCUGGCAAAGUUAUAAAAAAGAUUACAAGUGGUUGCCCCGUUAAGUUUUUAGGUGAGUCAUGGAUAAAGAAAAAUUUUAAUAAUAAGAUGGGGAAAGACAUUAGAGAAAAAGAUAAAAAAGAAUUUGACAGUGGAAUGAAGAGGAAUAUUUUUUGGUCGUGUGAAUUAGGUGAAGAAUAUUAUUUUUAUCGUGGUAGAAUUCAUAAUACGUAGGAAUAUAUAAUUUUUGUAAAAUAUUUUAAAAGCAUAUUAUAUACUUUAUAUAGUUGAUAUACAUAUAUAUAUAUAUAUAUAUAUAUUCACCAAAAAAAAAAAAUUUUUUUUUUCAUUAUCAAUCAAAUUUUGUGUCUUUUUGUAUUAUAUGUUACACAUCAUACAUCAUCUUCAAUAAAUAAAUAUAUUUCGUUAUUUAAGUUGGUAAUUAUGACAAAAAUCAC